AUGAAAGUAAUUAGUGCUAUUCCACCGUACAACAGACCAAUGCAAAAGACAUCUACGAUUGAUGAUAUGUUUGAGGCAACUGAAAGUAGCUGUUUGAUCUGCGCAAUUCCUCCCUGCAACGGACCAGUACAUAAUACAUUGACGAUUAAUGGUAUCUUUGAAGCAACUGAAAGUAACUGUAUGGUUAGUGCAAUUCCUUCAAGCAACAUUCUUGAGCAAAAUACAUCUACGAUUAAUGAUGUCAUUGAAGCUACUGAAAGCAGCUGCAUGGUUAGCGCAUUUCCUCUCUACAACAGGCCAAUACAAAAUACAUCAACGAUUAAGGACAUCUUUGAAGCAACUGAAAGUAUCUCUAUGGUUAGCGCAAUUUCUCCAUGCAACAAAUCAAUGCAAAAUACAUCAACGAAUAAUAUCUUUGAAGGUGAAAGUAACAGUAUCAUUAGUGCAAUUCCUCCAUGCAACAGACUAGUGCAAAAUACGUCUACGAUUAAUGACGUCAUUGAAGUAACUGAUAGUAGCUGUAAGAAACAACCUUCUUUGAUGAAUUCGGAAGUUUUCGAACUUGAAUCUCUGAAGAGACUUUCGAAUGAUUUCUCAAAAAUUUUUGAACAAUCCAUCAACACCGACUUCACUUUUUGUGUAGAUGGCAACGACUUAAAAGUACACAAAACUAUCUUGCGUGCCCGAUCACCUGUGUUUGAUAGAAUGCUUAAUCAUAUCACUGGCGAAUUAUUCGAUUUGUCAAACUCAAUCGAUAUAACAGAUAUUCGAUUACCGGCGAUGAAACGAUUUGUGAAUUAUUUGUAUUCCGGGACUUAUAGAAGAGCAAGUUUCGAUGAGACCUGCGAUCUUUAUUAUGUCGCUGAUAAAUAUGAAGUUCUGACUCUGCGUGAUUCAUGUCGGAGGGAGCUGCUUAAUAUUCUGCAAGUCAGCAAUGCAUGCUCUUUGCUGAAACUUGCAAACCACCAUAGCGAUGAUGUUUUGAAGAAUGAAGUGAUGAAAUUUAUUGAAACACAUUUCAAAUCCAUUGUAGAAACUGAAUCUUGGGAAGAACUGGUUAACAACCACACGAAAUUGGCGGCAACUGUAAUGCGGAUUUGUGCACGAGCAUUAUCCGUAUGA